AUGGCUCCUCGAAGAAAAUGCUGUCAUGAGGCCCCCUUGGGGGAGGAAGAGGUGUCGCCCUCGGCUCCGACACCGGUGAAGGAUAAGAAGAGAAAAAGGGUCUCGACCUCCGAGGACCCAAAGCCCAAGAAAAGAAGGCUCCCAGUUCCCAACCCCAGUGUCGAUCCCGAAUGCAAACGGACCAUCAUUAUUACGGUCCCAGAGGAUGCACGAGUUUUUGUCGCCCUCGCAGGGGUGGCCGGUUGCCUUCAAGAUCUGGUAACUGAGGAGGAUCAAGCUCUGAUGAACGAGGUGGGAGCACCAUGCCUCUUCAACGAAGCCCAGCAAGCUUUGAUAAGCCGAUAUGAAGCUGAAAUUCGAGGGCUUACCAAGGAGGAAAAUGCUCUCAAGCUUCAUGGUGAGAAAAAAGAAAAAGAGAUCAAAGGUCUCCGAGCUGAGUUUGCCGUGGCCCAGAAAGAACAAAGGGAACUGACCGAGCAGGUCCAGCAACUGCAUGAAAUGAUAGUGCAACUCCGAGGAGAGGUAGAUAAGGUGAAGGCGGAGACUUCAAUGUGGAAGCAAAAGAUGGAUCGCCUUGCCUCGGAGAAAGAGGCAGCUCGAGCUCAGUUAUCCUCAACCGAAAGACAACUCCAAGGCAUGAAAGAGAAGAGCUUGGAACAAGCCAAGAAAAUUGAGGAGCUACAUGCUCGGUUGGACACGGAGAUUACAUCGGCGAAAUCUGAGGUUGAGACGGUUAAGGUCGAUGCUGAGGCGACCGCGGUUGUCUACCUAUCUGAAGCCGAGGCCGCUCAAGCUCGAGCAAAAGAAGUUUCCGAUUCUCUAAGAGAGACUCUUGAGGAGAUUUAUGCUCGUGGGUUUAUCCUUGCUAUCGAGAUCGAGAAUGCGAAAGAGCUUGAGGUUGAAGCCAAAGCGUUGCUCUCUUCUGAUGAUGAUGAUGAUUCUAGGAGCGUGAGUGGAUCCGAGAGCGGAGGAGAUCCCAAUGGCAAGGAUGUAGCUCCCGAGGAAAAUUAG